CUUAACUGUCUACUCUGCAGCUGCCAGACCUGCUCCUGCUACUGCUCAGGGAGAGCACCCGGGGAAACCCUUUCUGACCACUGAGAAGAUGAUGAGCUCAAGCUAUUGGAGUGAGAGCAGCAGCGGCAGCUGUGGGACCCAGCAGCCCACAGAGGUGCUGCAGUACCAGCCUCAGCAUUACCACUGUUACCACCAGUCAAGUCAAGGCCAGCAGCCUCCAGAAAAAAGUGUUGUGUAUGAGCGAGUGAGGACCUACAGUGGGCCUAUGAACAAGGUGGUGCAGGCCUUGGACCCCCUCGGCUCACGGGAAGUGCUCUCCCCGCUCAAAACUGCCUCCUCCUACCAAAAUUUGGUUUGGAGUGACCAUUCUCAGGAGCUCCAUUCUCCAACUCUGAAAAUCUCUACUUGUGCACCAAGCACUCUACAUAUAACACAAAAUGCCGACCAGGAACUCCAUUCUCCAACAGUGAAAGUUACUACGUAUCCCCAAACUACCAUUAGGAGAUACAUAGUACAAAACCCUGAACAGGAACCUUUGUCUCCUUUCCUAAGAGGCGGCCACUUCUUCCCAGGAAACAAUGUAAUUUAUGAAAAAACAAUAAGAAAAGUGGAGAAGCUAAACACAGAUCAGGAAUGUUGUCCUCAAAUUCAAUGCCAUCACCAUGUCAUCCAGCAGCCCCAGAUCAUCCACUCUCCGCAUUGUCAACAGUCCCAUUCUAACCAUCAAAUCCAAUGCAUAACAGAAAAUGACUCAAAUAUUGGACAUGAACUCUGCCAUGGUGGCUCAAGCCAGAUACAUGAGCAGGUGAUAAUUCAGGAUGAUGGCCCUGAAAAAUUGGAUCCCAAAUAUUUUGGAGAGUUGCUUGCUGACCUAAGCCGCAAGAAUACAGACCUAUAUCACUGCUUAUUAGAACAUUUGGAGAGGAUUGGAGGAAGCAAACAAGACUUUGAGUCUGCAGAUGCAUCAGAAGACAUUGAGUCAUUGAUUCCUAAAGGACUGUCAGAAUUUACAAAACAGCAAAUUCGUUAUAUUCUGCAGAUGAGGGGUAUGUCUGAUAAGUCACUGAGACUAGUGUUGUCCACAUUUAGCAACAUACGGGAAGAACUGGGACAUCUUCAAAAUGACUUAACAUCUCUGGAAAAUGACAAGAUAAGACUUGAGAAAGACUUGGCAUUCAAAGAAAAUCAAAUAAAAGAGUAUGAAGAACUCUUGGCAUCGGUGAGAGCAAAUAAUCGCCAACAGCAACAAGGACUUCAAGACUCAAGCUCAAAAUGUCAGACAUUGGAAGAAAAUAACCUUUCUCUUCGACAUACACUAUCAGACAUGGAAUACAGACUAAAAGAACUAGAGUAUUGCAAGCGUAAUUUAGAGCAAGAGAAUAAAAACCUUAGAAUACAGGUGUCUGAGACUUGCACAGGCCCAAUACUGCAGGCUAAAAUGGAUGAGAUUGGCAGCCAUUAUAUGGAGAUGGUAAAAAACUUAAGAAUUGAGAAAGACAGAGAAAUCAGCAAGCUAAGGUCUCAAUUAAACCAGUACCAAAAAGACGUUUCCAAAAGAGAAGGAAGUUGCAGUGACUUCCAAUUCAAACUUCAUGAACUGACAAGCUUGCUGGAAGAAAAGGAUUCUCUUAUAAAGCGUCAAUCAGAGGAACUCUCAAAGUUGAGGCAGGAAAUAUAUUCAUCCCAUAACCAACCCUCCAGUGUUGGAAGGACAACAAUCACCACAAAAAAGUACAGGACACAAUAUCCAAUCCUUGGUCUCCUGUACGAUGACUAUGAAUAUAUACCACCAGGAAGUGACACACAGACUAUCGUGAUUGAGAAAACUGAAGAUAAAUGGACUCAUCCAUGAAUGGAUCCACUUUGCAGGACUACAAUUCAAAGGAAAUUUUCUGUCUGCAUCAGUAUUUUAAUAGUUAUUUUUCUAUUGCUAAAGCACAAUCAAAUUGUGAACCAUGGUCCUAUCCCAAUCAAUCUAAUGGGAUGAUUUAAUUAUGAAGAUGAGGUCCCCCAGCCAUUUAGGAGACCUGAAUCCUUUUGUGCACAUUGAAAUAUUUAACACAACACCGUACAAAUAGGAAAAAAAAACUUUGUUUCAACUCUUGUUGCAGACAUUGUAGAACCUAACCUGCUACUUUUGUAUAGGGUGCUUCAUAUAUGUUGAACUUAUUCAUAAGGAUAUUUUCUUUACAAGUUAUUCUAUUAUGUUAAAUGUGCAGUUUAGCUACAAGAUACAAUGCUAUUUUUCAGAAAACAGAGGCAAAAAACAAUUAAAUUAAAAAAUAGGUUAACUAGAGCAUGAACUAAACAGCCUAAAUGUACAUUUCUCAUAUUGAGCUUGUAACUAAACAAGAGUGUGAAAAUGCUAAUAUGCCUUGGAAAUAGCUAAGUCAGAGGUGGAGGUUAAUGUUGUUAAUCAAGGAAACGGGCUAAUGUCUUUUAAAAUAACUACAUUAAUUAAAUUAUACAUUGUGAAACUUAUUCUAAGUACAUAUUAGUAUCUGGGAAAAAUCUGUUCUUUCAAAACAUGUUUUCUGCAAGUAAUCCCAUUCACGUUCUUAAAAACAUAUAGUACUAUACUGUAGUAGUGGGGCAAUAAGAAUGUAGAAGUUUUCAUAGUGAUAUAGCUAUAACGUUGAAAUAUUGCAUAAUCAUAAAAACUUAAGUAUAACAAAAAAUAUUUGAUAACUAUCUUACUUGAAUAAUAUUUUAUAGUAGAGUCUUUAAUGUAUUUAGAAGUUUCUUAGUUGAACUGUAAUGACUUUACAAGGUAGAUACAAGUAUUUGUUAAAUAAAUUACAAUAAUAAAUUUCAUAGUAUAACCUAAUUAAAACGUACAAAUUUUUUCAUCAAAGUUAAAAUUAAUGUAACAAAUAUAUUCAGGUUACAUGUCUAGUACAUAGAUUUGUACUAAAAUAUUUACAGAAACCUUUAUAAAAAUUUUCAGUUUAUAGGCAUAUUCUAAAAAUUACUCAUUAUACUAAGAAGCAGUUAAGAUAGGCAUGGCUGUGGCACUAUACCAACUGGACUUAUGGCUGAGAAAUAUUUAAAGUCUUGAUAUGAAAUUAAGAGUCUUAUUUAUAUUAUCAUAACAUUUGAGCUAGACAUUAAGUUCUGAAACAUGAAUAUAAUUUGUUUUAUCAAUACAGUGAUACUCUAUUUUAUGAAAAGAUGUUUUUCCUCUGUUAGCGACUCAUAUAUGUAACUGUGGCAAAAGUGUAGUAUGCUAUCUAUCCAUUAAAGAUGUUGUAAGAGGACGUUUUAAUUACCUUGGCAGAAAGCUGGCAUAAUUAGUUUGAAAAUGAGACUAAGUAAGACUGUUUCAAAACUACUAAAAACUAUUCAUAUCCAAAAUUAUAGAGCAAUUAAGAUGACAGCCCAUUUGAUCAAGGAUGGUGUGUUAGAGUCAUCUAAAAGUUUCUCAUUCUAGUUACCAACUUUUUUUUAAAAAAAAAAACCCUCUUACAAAACUUAAUGGCAGAGAGAUUUUCUCUGUAUUUGAAAAUAAAACCAAUAGAAUUAAGAUGAACUAAAUUGAUAUAUUUUCCUUUCACCAAUUACAUGAAGUUUCUCAUUGAUGUCAGGUGAGGAUUCCUGUUUAUCUCAUUUCUAUUUCUAUGUUUUCACUUCAGAUUUGUCAAAUAAAAUGAAGACUAAAGUCUGGCAUGCAAAUUUGUGUAUAUGUCUAAAUAAAAAGAUGUUAAGCAUC